AGACAGUCUUAUAAAUAUUUUAUUUAUUUUAUUUGAUCAUACAUUCAAAAUAUUUUCCCCAUGUCUCGCAGGUAUGAUACAAGAACUACUAUCUUCUCACCUGAAGGUCGUCUCUAUCAAGUCGAAUAUGCAAUGGAAGCCAUAACACAAGCGGGUAUAUGUCUAGGAAUUCUAACGAAUGAAGGCAUAUUAUUAGCUGCUGAACAAAGAAAUAUUAACAAGCUCUUGGAUGAAAUGCAUUUUUCAGAAAAAAUAUUUAAGAUUGAUGAAGAUAUUGCUUGUGCAGUAGCUGGAAUUACUUCAGAUGCCAAUGUUCUAAUUGAUGAAUUAAGACUUAUUGCACAAAGAUAUCGUUUACAAUGGGAUGGGCCUAUACCAUGUGAACAGCUUGUCAGAUGGCUUUGUGAUAUUAAACAAGCUUAUACACAAUAUGGAGGUAAAAGACCGUUUGGCAUUUCCAUACUUUACAUGGGCUGGGACAAGCACUAUGGUUAUCAAUUAUAUCAGAGUGACCCCUCUGGAAAUUACAGUGGUUGGAAAGCAACCUGCACUGGAAACAAUAGCGCUGCAGCGAUGUCCAUCCUCAAACAGGACUAUACUGAGGGGGAAAUGACCCUCGACAAAGCUAUGGAACUAACUAUGAAAGUUCUUCACAAAACAUUUGAUGCCAACAAAAUAACCCCAGAUAAGAUUGAAAUAGCCACGCUAACCCGUGACUCUCAACUUCAAAAAUCGAUCAUAAAAGUUCUGACUAAAAAGGAAAUUGGAGGUGCCAUAGAAAAAUACGAAAAAUCGGUCAACCUUGCCGCCACAGCUUCUAAAGCGGCGGCGGAUAGCGAAAAGAAGAAACAGGAUAAAGAGGCAUCAACAUCCAAAGAUCCCAAAACCGCGUCUCCUAGCACUUUAUUGCCUGAUAAAGGUGGACCCGGUUAUAAUAAUUGAACAUGUUGAAAGAAUUAAAAGAAAUUUUUUUUAUAUUGAAUAUAUACAUAUAUUACUUUUAUAUAAACUGUUUUUUUUAAUUAUAUAUUUCAUUCUUAUAAUUUUUUACAAAAGUUUUAAAAAAAUUCUUCACUUUCUAUCCUAUAACUAUAAUUAUUACUAAAUUUCUUUUAAUAAAGUUAUUAUUUCAU